CUUACGUCAAGGAUAUGGAACUGAAUUUCAUCGCGUUAGUUUUACCUUUGGCCAAAUAGAUUGUAUAAACUGCAACUAGAGUUUUCUGAACAAAAUAUAAAUAAUUCCAGUAGACCAUUAUUAAUUCUAUUCGUUCUUGUCUCUCUCCGUCUGCCACUAGUUUCGCUAAAGAAAUACCUGGAUCCGAUAUAGAACUUCCUAGUUUAACUACAUGACUGCUACACAAGAAACAUAACUAAUAUGUAUAGUCUACCUGAAAGUUUGAGGACAGACGCCGACUAUGAACACGAAGGUGGGCUUAUCUACAGAGCAUGUAAAGUAGAUUUAAAUGAGAUGCUUACGGUUGUAGAGGUAGCGAUUAAUGCCCGGAAUGAGAGCUUCAAAUAUCUACUUGAGAAACUUUAUUUACAUAUUGAAAAGAAAAAUGGUUUAUAUCAGCAACAGGAGUCAGUUAUUGAAGAGCAUUUCAGAGAGAUAAACAAACUCCAGGCCAUUGCACGUCGGGUCAAAGACGAGAAAAUAGAAGCAAAAGAAUUAUAUGAUUUAGACAUUGCUAGCUUCAAAGCUCAGAUAUUGAUACUUCAAGAACAAAUUAGUCGAGUUAAUACAAGAAUAGAGGAAAAUGAAACGAAAAGUAAAAAUGAAAUGAAUAUUCUUCAGCAAACGAUAAUAAAAUGUCGAUCUCAUGUGGAUAUGCUCACUUCUGAGAAACAGAGAGCAGAGGAAACGAUGAACGAGGGAUUUGCGGUAGAUACGAGAAGAGAGACCAUACUUUUCAGGCCAUACUUUUCCAUUGCACGACCUUAUCCACGUUAUUAA